AUGACUCAAGGAGCCACCAAAUUUGGCAGAAGCCUUCGCUCUCAAUUCCUGUUAGAGCCUCAAUACACUCCGUUGAAUCACGGCUCUUAUGGCUCUAUCCCUAGAGUGCUAUUGCCAGUUCUGGAGGAUCUUCGUCUCAAAGCCGAAGUCAACCCUGAUCGUUGGUUACGACGUGAGAUGUUUCCAGUAAUUGAACGGAACAAGCAAGUGGUGGCAGAUCUUGUUCAUGUCGACCCUCAAGAACUAGUUUUCGUAUUUAAUUCCAUGACUGGCAUCAAUACAGUAGCUCGAAGUCUGCCUUUGGAAGCAGGCGAUAAAGUCAUUUAUUUUAGUACAGCUUACAACUCUGUGGAAAGUACCAUCAAGUUCAUCAAAAACUCGGAAAAGCUCAAGCUUAUCCGCAUUGAAUUGACGUACCCCUUGGAUGACAAUGAGGUGCUAACAAAGAUCCAAGAGACGAUUGAGCGUGAGAAUAGUAAAGGCGAUGGUAAAAUCAAGCUCUGUUUUAUGGACGCCAUUUCCUCUGUGCCAGCGGUGCGAUUUCCAUUUGAGUCAGCUGUUAAACUGGUGCGUGAACACAACAUUCUUAGCUUGGUGGACGGUGCACACGCUAUAGGGCAGAUUCCAUUGGAUUUGCAUCAAGUAGACCCUGAUUUCUUCAUCACCAAUUGCCACAAAUGGCUCUAUGCGCCCAGAGGAUGUGCUGUGCUAUAUGUGCCUUUUAGAAAUCAGCGUCUGAUUCACCCUGCCAUCAUCAAUUCAGCCUACGCAGACCACAGUGACCCAGCCGAUAAAUCAGUAUCAUUCCAAGAUGAAUUUGCUUGGCCAGGUACAACAGAUUUCUCCAACUUUAUGUGUGUUGAAGCAGCGGUGGAAUUUAGAAAAUCGAUAGGAGGGGAGGACGCUAUCAUGACAUAUUGUCAUGAUUUGGCUGCCAAGGGAGGAGAAAUUGCAGCUAAAAUUCUAGGCACCAAGGUGAUGGCUAAUUCUGGUCAGAUAGCCAUGGUCAAUGUCGAGAUUCCACUCACAGAUGUCAAGCUCUCGGAUGCGGAAAUCAUUGGCAUUUUCAUUGACAAGUUGCUGUAUGAGCAUAAUUGCAUGGCGCCUGUCUACAAGCAUAAUGCCAUGUGGUACACUCGUCUGAGCGCACAAGUCUACAAUGACGAGUCUGAUUUCGAGACUGUAGCAAAAGCCAUCCUAGCCGUCUGUCAAGAGCUCAAUAGAGGCUAA